AUGACGGAGGGCGCGAACGUCGACUUAGAGCCUGAGUCGGACGACGAGGAAGUCGUGCCUGCUGGAAAGGAUGGAGAGGCCGCGGGGGAGGCGGGCGGGGAGCCCGCGGCGGCAGCGGCAGCAGAGCCAGGGGCGGCAAAAGCUCCUGGCGAUGUCCCCGAUGAGCCCAUGCCUCAGAACCCCGCGACGGAGCCCGCGGAACCGGCGGAGCCCUUAGCAGAGCAGCCGCCAGGGCCGCCACUAUCAGAGCCGCUGGGAGAGCCGAGGGCCGGGAUGGAGCUGGGCGACUCCUUCCUGGAUGGCCAGAAUGGCAACCUACGCGCCGAGCUGACCAGCGCCGACGCCCUGACGGUGGAAGACGGCGCCCCGGUUCCCUUGAUUGUGGAGCCCGACGCCCUCAACGUGACACAGGAGGGCAUGGAAAUCGAGUAUGACGACGAGGUUUUGCAAAUAGGUGAGCUGACGGAUCCCUGGAUUCUCCCAGACUAUGCCGAGCAGGACGCCAGGAUGGAGAAGGACUUCGGGAUCUGGGAUGGCGAAGGUGAUCGGGAAGAGGCCGCAGUCCCAGCAGACGAUGCGAGGCAGCUCCUUGAGUGUUCGGCUGUGGUGGAGGCUUCACAGCUCCAGCUCAAGGUGCUCCUCCUGGAGCGCGGCUCUUCUGGAAGAGACUCCGACGCUCUCGUGGGCGAGGUCGGCCACGAGGGCGGCGAAGAGUGGAGGCAGGUGCGGCUGCAGGCUGCGGACGGAGACAGGUGGGAAGACGCGGAGGCCGACGUGUCCUUGACCAUGCCAGACCCGGAGCUCUUGGCGGCCCUCUGUCCGGCGCGAGAGCCUUCUGCGGACUUCGGCACGGUGGCGCCCACAUGGCCUCGAGCCAUCGGGAACAGCCUUGGGCCCUGGCCACUGAAAGGUCCGGGUUGCAUCCUCUUCGACGCCCAGCGCGUGGCCGAGGUGGCCGGGCGCCUGAGCGAAGGAAGCCGUGGACCGGUCGUCAUUCCGGGAGCAGCGGAUAUCUUGGACUUGCCUAGCACUGUCAUGGUCCAGGACUUGUUCACCUGCCUGAUGGGGUCCUCCUUGCCAGACGUGUUGGGUGCUGAGAUGGCAGCGCCGCAGUUGACGUACCAGGAGCUGCUCCAAGUCUGCCCCCUGGGAGGAACUGGUGCUGUCGACCUGACACGCGUCGAGCGAGUGACGGACGGCCGAGUGGUUGAUUUGUUUGAGCAGCCCUUCAACAUGCAGUACAUGUCUCGUCGAUGGUCUCGUGGCGCUGUGAUCAAAGCCGUGGGGAAAAAUGGUGUGGCCGACAUGGCCGGCAUCCAAGCUGGAGACAUCAUUGUUACCAUCAAUGGCGAGGGAGUGCUCAAUGCCACGCUGGAAAGAGUGGAGGAACUGCUGGAGGCCGAGCUUCCCGUGCGCCUGGAGGUCGCGCAGCCUGUGCUGGAGGAGCCGCUCUACAUUCGAGAGGCUUCCACGGAGCUCCUAACCCGACUGGCAGAUGACGCCUCGGAGAAAGCGGCAGCGGCGCUGCUGCCCAAGGUUUCGGAGCUGAUGCAUGGCUUCCGCAUGAAUGACGACGUGCCCCAGGUUUUUGCUGGAGAUGGCGGGUCCGCUUCCCACGUUCAUAUGGACCUGGUACCCAUGGUCCAAAUGUGCCACGUAGUGCACGGCAUCAAGAUCUUUGGGGUGGAUGCAACGUGCGGCGACGAUAUCAAGCCGUGGGUCACACGCUUUGGCGGACCAGCGGCUGAUGCUGAGGUGGCGCUGCACGUGGAUCAGCCCCUCGAGCAGGAGCACGCCGAGUGGCUGUCCAGCCGAGGGGUGAGCAUUGCCAUCUGCGGCCCGGGUGAUGUCAUGCUCUUUUGGGGAGGCAACCCGCACUUUGGCGCUAACGGCCUGGGAGCCGGGCCGUGCGUGGCGCUCUUCCAUGGCUGCGAGCCGCCAUGA